UCUGAACUCGUUCGCGAAUCACCGCUUCAAAUAAAAUCGCACCUGAUCCUCCGUUUUCGACGCGCGGUUUUCACGAUCAGUGUCAUUUCGGCGCAGUUUGCAGGACGUGCGGAAGUCCGUUUUGUUGUUAUUUUUGGUAAGAGUUUUGUCGGCGAUAUGGUAGUGAACGUUGUUAUUUGGUUAAAUUAGUGCCCGGUUUAUUGGACGUGUAUCCGAAACGGAAGCAUCGAAUUAUUCAUAAUCAGGCUCGAAUCAAAUGGGUGACAAAGUUUAAAUACUCAAAUACAUUAUUUAUUUCUUUCUUUUGAGAAUUUGUAAAAUCGUUUCAAGAUCUUUAGAUUUCAUGAUAAGAAAUUUUCACAACAAUUAUUAGUGAAAUUUAAUUAAUGAGAAUGUAAUAUGCAUAUUCAAUAAUUAUUUCUGUUGCAAAAAACUACAUAUAUUAUAAUAUGAUAUUUAUUGCAUUUAUUAUAAUAACAUUAUUGAAUGUUAAUCAUUACACAUUAUAUAAUUUUUGUUGCCUAUAAAUUAUUCUCAAUAUGAAUAUAUUCGAAUAAUCAUCAAAUCUAAAUUAUUCUUUUCUCGUGAGAAAUGAGAGAGAGAAGAGUAUUUCCUAGUAGAAAAUAAUUAAAAUUGCAUAAUUGUCAGACAGUUUGAAACCUUGACAAAGAUCAUGUGUGUUCAAUGCUGAGUUCUUGAACAAGGCCAAAAUGCUCCUGCAAAAUUUGUCGUUUUCGACCAUUCGAAUCAGUUUAUGUUCUGACCAAGCUGUUAACAAGAUAAAUUGCUUGUCUAAUAAGAAAAUUACCCUAAUGGAAGACACAGACAUUAAGUGAAUUAAUACACAAAUUUAUAAAUGUAUUGUAUAUCGAUUUGCUUCGUGUUAUUAUGCAGAUAACAAAUUAGUCAUCGUUCAAUAUUCCUUAAUUACAACAUACGUUUCCGUUUUAAUCAAUUUCCUCCGCUUCCAUUCAACUAAAGUCGCAAAAUCAAACCACAAUUAUGUAACUACAAUUUUAUAGGACCAAGGAUUAAACUAAUUAAUCCGAUGAGGUUGAAGGUGUUGUAGCAAAACAGUGCGAAAAUGAUAAACAACCAGAUUAACAUUCUAAAGAAGAAAAUACCGAUUUUGCAAUGGUCUCAAGAAUACAACGUGGACAAAGCUCUUGCAGAUUUAGUGGCAGGAAUAACUGUGGGAUUAACGUUGAUUCCCCAGAGUCUAGCAUAUGCAGCUUUGGCUGGACUUGAACCGCAAUAUGGACUAUACUCCUCUCUGUGUGGAGGUUUGACCUACGUGGUGUUUGGUACUAUUCCAGAGUUAAACAUAGCACCAACAGCUCUUCUGUCCCUCCUCACUUACUCCUAUACCCAUCAUUUAAGCUUCAAUAACCAUGAGGGAGCAAUUUUAUUAACAUUUCUGGCUGGAACAUUCGAACUUCUCUGUGGUCUCCUCCAUUUAGGAUUUCUGGUGGAUUUCGUAUCUACACCAGUGGUGGCAGCUUUCACAUCAGCAGGCGCGAUCACAAUAGUUUCGUCACAAGUAAAAAAUUUGUUCGGCCUGAAGUUUUCCGCCGAAAGUUUCAUCGACGUUUGGAGAAAAGUUGGUGAACACAUAACAGAAUUGCAAAAAUACGACACUAUUUUAGGUUUGUCGUGUUGUGCCGUUCUUCUAUUUAUGAGAAAACUUAAAGAUUGGGGGGAUCCACCAUUGGAAGAUGCCCAGGUAAAACACAAAACAUCGAAGUUGAAGAAGAUCAUAUGGUUUUCGUCCGUGUCCCGAAAUGCUGUUGUUGUGAUAUUUUGUGCUACGAUGGCCUACAUUUUCGGCAUGUAUGAUAUGAAACCCUUCUCUUUGACCUCUGAGGCACCGGCUGGAUGGCCCAAUAUAUCUCUUCCCGCCUUCGAAGCCGUUGCGGGCAACAAAACGUUGAACUUCUUAGAUAUGGCCAAAGAACUAGGUUCAGGAAUCUUCGUGGUACCUUUUAUUGCAAUCUUAGGGAACGUUGCUAUCGCAAAAGCUUUUGCACAGGGUAAAAUUGUGGAUGCGUCUCAAGAAAUGACCGCAGUAGGUCUUUGUAACAUUUUCGGAUCAUUUUUCGGUUCGUUUCCGGUGAAUGCUUCUUUUACAAGAGCUGCAGUUAGUAGCGCCAGCGGUGUUAAGACUCCUUUAGCAGGAAUAUAUACAGGUACAAUGGUGAUUUUGGCAUUCACUUUUUUAACACCAUAUUUUGCGUUCAUCCCAAAGCCUACCUUGUCCGCAGUUAUAAUUUGUGCAGUUAUGUUCAUGGUGGAAGUAACAAUGACUAAGUUGAUUUGGAGAAUCAACAAAAUUGAUUUGGUACCUUUUUUGUUGACGAUUCUCUCUUGUUUAAUUUUGGGAAUUGAAAUAGGUAUUUUAAUUGGAAUCUGCGUCGACAUAAUCAUGGUCUUGUAUUCUGUGGCGAGACCGAAAGUUAUAUUCGAAAAACUUCCGAUAUCAUCCGAGAAGGAAUACUUAAAAAUCACUCCCACUUCGUCGAUAUUUUUUCCAUCCGCUCAAUAUAUCCGCGAAAAUAUCAUUAAGAACAACGUGGAAAUCGGAAGCAACAUCAAUAUGGUUGUGAUCGACUGUCAUAGGAUUAACCGAUUAGAUUUCACGGCAGGAAAAUGUUUGGGUGAUCUGGUAAAAGACUUAAAGGCCAAAGACAAAUUCGUAGUAUUUCUUUUGCCAUCAAAGUCCAUGGAAGCAAUCAUUAAAGUAACAUGCGAUCCUACAAUACCUGUAAUACAUUCCGCUAGUGAAAUUAAAGAUUUAAUUGAAGACAAAACUGCGAAACCACUGCAGGGUAUUUUAAAAAAUCAAGAAAAUGCAACAACAAUAUUAUAGAUUAAAUUUAAUUGUAUAUAUUUAGUAAUUUAUUUAAACAUGCUGUGAACAAAAUAAACAAUAAUUUAAUAAAAGU